GUACAAACCCACCCAUUCAUUUCAGCCAUAACUCUCUCCUCUUCUCUCUUCUUCUCUCCCGUCUCUCCUCCUUCUUCUUCUUCUUCAUCAGAGUCCUCUGUUUCUUAAUUAGCUACCCAAGACGAGAAAAAUGACUAACCAGAAUGUGGUGGUUUCUGACCCGAAAUCCGGCGUGGCCCUCAUAAGGGUGGCGGUGUCGGAGCCGGCGCUGUUCCCGCACGCGGUGGCGAAGCCGCUGCCCGCCGGAGCGGGAAGUUUUAUUUCCAUUCCCCGUCCCGGCAGGAUCAAUGCAUUGUUCGAAUCCAUGAGGGAUUCCUCACCAACUCGAAGAUCCUUUGAAUCUGAGGAUGUUAACAAGUCUUGGAUGUUGAAUCAUCCCUCUGCUAUAAGCAUGUUUGAUGAUAUAAUGAAUUUCUCCAAAGGGAAGAAGAUUGUCAUGUUUCUUGAUUAUGAUGGCACUCUUUCCCCCAUUGUUGAAGACCCCGACAAAGCUUUCAUGACCACCGAGAUGAGAGAUGCUGUGAGGAACGUAGCAAAACAUUUCCCUACAGCCAUAGUGAGUGGAAGGUGCAGGGCAAAGGUAUACAACUUUGUGAAACUGUCUCAACUGUAUUACGCCGGAAGCCAUGGAAUGGACAUCAAGGGACCAACUAAAGGCAAUCUAAAGGGCAAUCAAGCUGUUCUCUGCCAACCUGCCAGAGAAUUUUUACCCAUGAUUGAAGAGGUAUAUAAAGUAUUACUGGAAAAAACCAAAUCCGUUCCUGGAGCCAAAGUAGAAAACAACAAGUUUUGCUUGUCUGUGCAUUAUCGUUGCGUCGAGGAAAAGAGAUGGGAUGAACUGGGAGAGAUGGUGAAAUCUGUUAUCAAGGAGUACCCUGAGCUUCGACUAUCUCAAGGGAGGAAGGUGUUGGAGAUUCGUCCCACCAUUAAAUGGGACAAGGGCAAGGCGUUGGAGUUCUUGUUGGAAGCAUUAGGUUUUGCAAACUCUAAUGAUGUUUUGCCGGUUUACAUUGGCGAUGACCGGACCGAUGAAGACGCUUUUAAAGUUUUGCGUGAGAGAGGACAGGGUUUUGGAAUCUUAGUCUCCAAAGCUCCGAAAGAAACGGAUGCUUCGUAUUCUCUUAAGGACCCAUCAGAGGUUAUGUACUUUCUGAAACGUUUGGUGGAGUGGAAAGCAAGAUCUUCUCGUAAAUAAAGAAAGAAUAAUAUUAACUGGGAGGACCACCUAACGUUCUAAUACAAGAAUUUGACCUUUUAACCCGAGAAAUUUUAUUGCAGUGGAAGAGGUUGAAGAGCUUGUAUAGUGACUUUAUGCAGCUGUAUGUACUUAUCAAUUGGGAUGAAGAAAAAAAAAAAAAAAAAAGAUUUUGUAGUUAUUGAAUUGCAUGCGUACAAAAAUGUUAAGCAAAUGUAUUUUUAUUCUUGUAUUUUUUUUAAUCGUUGUCUCGAGCUGUGCACGUGCUAUCUUGCACGUACAUUUCUUUGCAUGUGAAUUUGUAAAAAUCCAUGCAUUAAUAUAUGCCCAAGGCAAAAUGUGUGUUAAACAAGAGCUGUUGAGUAAUUACCUUUAAUUUCAUUUGGAGGUUACA